ACUAACUCCAGCCACAGAGAGAGCAGCAUGCUCAUCUCCGGCGCUGUGGAGUGCGGUGCUGGCAGGUCAGAGCCUCUAGUCGUCGGGUGAAGGGAGGCGGAAUAAGACACGUGAAAGCUGCUGUGUGCCUUUGUGGAAGCGCACCUCCCACUCCACAGAAAGUCCCCGUUCCCCUUUGCGGAGCCUGUUUGCACGUCUCCGUGCCAGAUCCUGCAGCUGUCUCAGGACUCUUUUAGUGGAGAGACGUCGCAAUCGAAAGCAGACUUUUUUUUCUGUUUUCCUGCGCGCACUUAAAGGAUUGUACAACUUUUUAAAGACCUUUUUUAAGAGUGCGUAAAGACACCUGCCAUCUGAAACGCGCGUUAACUGAAAUCCCCUGCAAUCGCCGUAGGAAUGAGGAACACGAGUCUAUAUUCGCGUAAGGAGACCAGCCUCUGCCCCUGACACAAUGACCACAGACCUGAACUUGACCUCUCUGCUGAAUGGGACAGAGUCAGACCUCAACAAUCAAACGAGAUGCUCCCUCACCAAGACAGGCUUCCAGUUUUAUUACCUGCCCACCGUUUACAUCAUGGUCUUCAUCAUGGGGCUGGUGGGCAACAGUUUGGCCAUCUGGAUGUUUGUGUGCCACAUGAGACCAUGGAGCAGCAUCUCUGUCUACAUGUUCAACCUGGCCCUGGCUGACUUCUGCUACGUCCUCUCGCUGCCGUUCCUCAUUUUCUACUACUUCAACAAAACAGACUGGAUUUUCGGGGAUGUCAUGUGUCGGCUGCAGCGGUUUAUUUUCCAUGUGAACCUGUAUGGGAGUAUUCUGUUUUUGACCUGCAUCAGUGUUCAUAGGUACACAGGGGUGGUGCACCCGCUCAAGUCCCUGGGCCGACUGAAGAAGAAAAACGCUGUUAUAACCAGCAUGUUGGUGUGGGUGGUUGUUAUUGUAGGCAUGUCUCCCAUUCUGUAUUAUUCCAGGACCGGUCCUAAAGGUAAUUCAACAACGUGUUAUGACACCACCACUAAGGAUGAGUUACCUGGUUAUUUUAUCUACAGCAUGACUUUGACUGUGUUCGGAUUCUGCGUCCCUUUUAUCAUUAUAUUCUGUUGCUACGGCAUGAUUGUCAAGUCUUUAAUCUGCAACGACAUGAACAACGCUCCCCUGCGGCAAAAAUCCAUCCACCUGGUUAUCAUAGUUCUUGCUGUCUUUGCCAUCUCUUACCUUCCUUUCCACGUGAUGAAAAAUCUCAACAUGCGUGCCAGGCUUUACUUCCAGAGCCCUGACAUGUGCGAGUUCAACGACCGCGUCUACGCUACCUACCAGGUGACACGAGGGCUGGCCAGCCUCAACAGCUGUGUGGAUCCUAUUCUUUACUUCCUUGCUGGAGAUACAUUCAGGAGGAAGCUGUCACGAGCCACUAAGAAGGCUUCCAGGAAGGGAGACAAUGUGCUGCAGUCCAAGAGUGAGGAGACGGCUCUGAACAGCUUGGCUGAGUACGUGGAGAAUGGGGAGCGCAGACUGUGACCCUUGCCGCUGCGAGACAGUUCCAGGAAAGGAUGGAAUGAAUAAAUGCACUGUUUGAACUGAAGACUGUAUGUAAAAUCUGCCAGCUUGUACUGUAGGAUCAAUAUUCAAUUUAACCCUGGGACACCCGUUGCUGUGCGUGGAGCCUGUUGUUGUUGAUAAGCUAUUGUAUUAUUAUCCUGUAAUGUGUUGUACUCAAAUAUUAGAGCCAUCCGUCACAUAUUAUACAAACAUUAGACAAAUGAAUAUUAUGAUGGUCAAAGCUGGUGGAAACUGACUCCCUUUCAGGUAAUGAUGCUGUUCAUCAAUUUUCUCUGCAAAGUAGAAAUGACGAUAAAUUGGAACAUGUCUGACUACAAGUUGAUGUUUAAUCAAUAACUAUUUAGUAGGUUAGAGCUUGUGCUUAAGAAAAUGGACCUGAAAUGGAAUUUAUUGGAGACGAGAAUGCACUGAAAUGGAUCAUUGCGUGCCAUACUGAAAUUAUAAUGCACUGUUAGCACAGUUUUUCAGCUCUACCCAUCUAUUCUCAGUUUUUGUUCUUCAUCAUUUGGCAUUGAAAAGGACAAAUCUGGUUGGCUACUUUUACUUAUUAUUAUUUUUACGACAGCUCAGAGGCACAAGCCUGUAAAUGUUCUGUUACAUCAAUCUUUCUCUCCUCAGUCAGUUAGCCGCAUAGAACCCUAACAAAAUACUUGCAGUAUUUUUUGCGUGAUGGAGUAAUGUGUUUUUCGUUUUGGUGUACAGUGCAGGAUCUUGUGACUUUCCAGAUUGAUUGGUUUUGUUAAAUGUCAUUUUCGUGUUUUCGGUGCAUGAGUCCAGUCCCAAACCCAGUAUGUGACUCACCACAGCAGCUCUGCUCCACUCCAGCGCUUACUGCAACACACAGAACUCAAGGCUGCUUUGGCUUUGUGAGCCCAUUUAACAUGUUGAAUAUGUGUUUGUGUGAAAUACCUCUAAGUGAGUGGUGCACUGUGUCUGUGUUGGGCAGAUAAUUGUGUAUGUUUUGUAUUCGUUGUAAAGAUUAUGGAAUUUAAUCAUGGAGUUUUUCAUACAUGUCUUAUGUGAAUGUUUGAUGUUUGUGGCUUAUACUAAUACCUAAAUGCAAUGUGGCUGACAAUGAGGGUUAAGAAAGGAAAUAUCUUUGGUGCAGCAUUUUAUCAGCCAUGUACAUCUUUGUCAAUAAACCUCGAUAUUUAAGAUAUGCCGUA